AUGAAGUUCACAGAAGGAAUGUGGUGCCUUCGGGAAGGCGUUCGCAUUGAGUGGAUGAGCAACGUCGAGCGACUGCGCGUUGAGAAUGAAACUGUUUACAUACUUCUCAAUAAACACCAGAGGCACCGCGGAGAUACAUUGAAUUCGCCCACCGUGUCGGCGCAAGUUACUUCCCCGCAGGAUGGAAUUAUCGGCGUGAAGCUCAUGCACUGGGCAGGACAAGUGAACGAUAGUACGUACUAUCACUUAAACACAACCUCCGGCCACACCAAUAUCACCCACGAUAACCUUGCCAACAAGCUCAAGUACACCAGUGGACCUUUAGCUCUGGAUAUCAACACCACAGCCAACGAACUUGACUUCGUCUUCUGCUCCCUGAGCGGUAAGAAACUCACCGGACACUCGUUCCGCUCAAUCGGCUACGUCGCAGAUCAACGCACCGAGGCGCACCGCUACGAAGACGGCCUCUACGCCGCGAAGCAAGGCUAUAUGCUCGCAGAACUAGAUCUCUCCGUUGGCGAAAAAGUCUACGGGCUGGGCGAGCGCUUCGGUCCAUUUGCCAAAAACGGGCAGACAGUCAACAUAUGGAACGAGGAUGGCGGUACUAGCUCCGAGCUAGCAUACAAGAACAUCCCGUUCUACAUCUCCUCGAAUGGAUACGGUGUGUUCAUCAAUCACCCCGGCAAGGUCAGUCUAGAGGUGCAGUCUGAACGGACUACUCGAGUCAACAUCUCUGUUCCGGACGAGGAGAUAGAGUACUUCAUCGUUUAUGGCGACUCGCCUAAGGAUAUUCUGCGAAGAUAUACUACUCUAACGGGGCGUCCAGCGUUGGUCCCAUCGUGGAGCUACAAUCUCUGGCUGACGACUAGCUUUACGACGAACUAUGAUGAGCAGACAGUAACGGCAUUCCUUAACGGAUUCCGCGACCGCGAUAUUCCGCUAGGUGUCUUCCAUUUCGACUGCUUCUGGAUGAAGUCAUACCAGUGGUGCGACUUCCAAUUUGAUGAGGAAAUGUUUCCUGAUCCAGUCGGGUAUUUGAAGCGAUUAAAGGGGCGUGGACUACGAAUUAGCCUCGCCGUUAUUCGAGGAAGGAAAAAGAACGGAUACUUCAUCAAGCGCAUUGACGGCUCUGUCUGGCAAUGGGACUUUUGGCAAGCCGGCAUGGCUAUCGUCGACUUCACUAACCCAGCCGCUUGCACCUGGUUCAGCACCCACCUAGAGCGACUUAUGGAUAUAGGCGUCGACAGCUUCAAAACCGAUUUUGCUGAGCGUAUUCCCGUAAAGGGCAUUAAGUACCACAACGGCGCUAAUCCGGUACGCAUGCAUAACUACUACGCCCUCCUCUACAACCGUAUUGUCUAUGAGACUGUCUCCGCCCGCGUUGGCCCCAACCAGGGCCUUCUGUUUGCGCGUAGCACCGCCCCGGGUGGACAAGCGUAUCCUGUCCACUGGGGUGGCGACUGCGAAAGCACAUUCGAGGCAAUGGCUGAGUCGCUACGUGGCGGGCUGAGCCUUAUGCUAUGUGGGUACAUUUUCUGGGCGUCUGAUAUCGGCGGGUUCGAAGGGACCCCUUCACCGGCGCUAUAUAAGCGGUGGGUACAGUUUGGAUUGUUCUCGUCGCACUCGCGACUACAUGGGUCAUCGUCGUUCCGUGUGCCCUGGAUCUACGGCGAAGAUUGCUCGAUUGUGUUACGUGAUUGUGUGAAGCGCAAAAUUCUUCUUACGCCGUAUAUCCUGGCGGAGGCUUUGCGCGGACAUCGCGAUGGGACACCCCUGAUGAGGGCGCUUUUCUUAGAGUUUCCUAAGGACUUGAACACGUACGCUAUUGAUACGCAGUAUAUGUUCGGGUCGAAUUUGUUGGUUGCGCCGGUUUUCAACGAGGCCGGUGAGGUUACGUUUUACGUACCCAAGACUGAGGAAGGGACGGGGAAGUGGACAUCUUGGUUCGAUCAUUCAAAGUCGUAUGUCGGUGGACAGUGGUAUACUGAGACCCAUGAUUUUGCCACGAUGCCUAUCUUGAUUCGCCCAGGCUCGGUAAUCAUGACGAACCCUAAGCUCAAGACGCCCGAGGAAGAUGCGCUAGACGGGAUACAGUUGCUGGUGAAUGGCACUUUGCCCGCUGAGUCCGUCGUCGAGAUAGUGAACCCGGGCCAGACAGACCAAGUUCUUAAGACCCUUCGGUUGACUAGGACUUCUGAUAAUAAUGAUAUAGAAGUGGACUGCCAUGGGAUCGGGCUGGUGUAUCUGGGUCGAUGA